AACGUUAGAAGAAGAGACCUGAGACGCAAGACGUGAUGACUUUGGUAUGAUAUUGAUUGAUGGAAGGAAGCAGUAGCCGAAAUGAACACGUUACGAGCAACAUUUCUGCGCUUUUCGGGGACACAGAGUUUGUGUCGGAGUAAUGGCCCUCACUCUACCAUAUUCAGCUGCAGUCAGCUCCGCUCUAUCAGUUCCUUGGUUCUGUCAAAGACAGGAGCUGAGCAGAAACCUGUCCUGCAAGCAACCCUGAACACCAAAGCAGAGGGAGCUUGUGUUUUCCAGCAGUCACUCUGGCACUAUCAACAAGUCCGCACAGUCAAACGUGGGACAGAAUAUCAGCCGAAGAACAUCAAACGAAAGAGGACCCAUGGGUGGAUCAAAAGAAUUAGCAGUCCAGGUGGGAUCGAAGUUAUCCUGCGCCGAAUGCUCAAAGGACGAAAGUCCCUCACGCAUUGAGACUCUGACCGGACAGUUGCUUUGAUAGACCUUUGAAGUGAAUCUCAGUUGAAUGUCAGCUGUGCAGUAGAGCUUUUGAGUUUCUAUUGAAAAUAGUUGUCAAAUUAAAGUGAUUAAUGCACAAUGGCGCCAAUAGACUUAAUUGGAUGGGGGUUUUUUUAUUCAGUUUGAUGGAUCUUAUCCUCCUUGAUACUUCCAGUUGAGCAUAUUCAUGUCAAAGUGUUUGCUGUAUGUAGUGUUACACUCAGAUCAGAGCAUUUACUGUUUGAUUUUUGAUUUACAUGAGUUAUCAACAUAUAAGUAAUCAGAAUGGGAAAAGAGGUAUAGGUGAGAAGAUAAAAAAUUAUAUACACAUAAAAACUAAAUUUGUCAUCAUCAGAUUCUGUUCCCAUUAUUCUGACUAGUUUAAAAAUUUUUAUUAUGUUAAUAAA